CUGGAAGUGGCGUCGAUCCUACGUUAGUUACUUUUCUAGAGUAAACUAAUGCCUGCCCCUUCAGUAUUCUGUACUCGUCCGUUUCUCGCUGGAAAACGACAACUUUUGACCAAUCUCUGCAAAACCUCCGUAGAUUUCAAGCAGUGCAGAAACAUGAGGCUUCUACGAUUCCAGGGACCCACUGGUCCAAGACUCGCAGCCGAGCGUAAAGAUGGCCAUGUCGUCGAUCUAAACGCUUGUGCGGAGUUGGAACUGACGACUCCGGGGGAUACGAUAGAGUUUCUAACAGCUGGACCAGCUCUGUGGGAAACUGCAGAGCGCUCGGUGAAAUCUGGCAAACAUGCGCUGCGGGUCAAUGACAAAUGCUACCUGGCACCAUUGCUGAAGUCUGACAAAGUGAUAGGCGUCUGUUCCAACUAUGCUGACCACUGUGUGGAGCUAGGUGUACCAGUUCCUGUUGAACCAGUACUGUUCAGUAAAUUCUCCAGCUGCCUCGUUGGUCCAACUAGCAGCAUUCACAGUUCCAGUGAGACUCAGACUCUGGACUGGGAAGUUGAGCUUGCUGUUGUCAUCGGGAAACAAGGAAAGAACAUAGUGGAACGUAAAGCCAUGUCACACGUGUUUGGCUACACCGUGGCACACGACGUCAGUGAGAGGACCUGGCAACUACAGAAGAACUCUGGCCAAUUCCUCAUUGGCAAGGCCAUGGACAGCUUCUGUCCUAUUGGGCCCGUCAUUGUGAGCAAAGAUGAGAUAGCGGAUCCACACAACUUGACUCUGAGAACGAAAGUGAAUGGCAUUUUGAAACAAGACAGCAACACAAGCCAGCUGGUGCACCGAAUUCCAGCAUUGAUCACUUUCAUAUCUAGAUUUUUUACACUUCUACCUGGUGACAUCAUUCUGACAGGAACUCCACCUGGUGUUGGCUGCUUUAUGAAACCACCGCAAUAUCUAAAGGAGGGAGAUGUGGUUGAGUGUGAGGUGGAAGGCAUCGGCUGCAUUCGAAACGCUGUGAGGAGGCCUGAUGCAGCAUAACCACAGCACCAUUUGGAUAAUGUGUUGAUUGAAUAAAAGAAACUUGCACCUUCAAAGUUAACUAUUACAGAAAUAGGUCCAAGUGCCAAUUUGUAUGAUGAAUUUUCCAGAAUGAAUUUUAUAUUUAGACACUAUAUUUGUAUAAUGAAGUUAUCCAAUUAUCUAUCACAGAUUAUUGCCUUUGUAAUAUGCUAGAACAGUGGUUCUUAACCUGGGUUUGACCGAACUUCAAGGGUUCGGUGAGCCAGUCUCAGGGGUUUGGCGGAGGUCCUUCGAAACGCAUUAAAAUUUAGCUAUAAUUUGCUAUAAUUUUUAUUUUUUGUUUAUUCUUUGCACGCUUUCCAAAUAUAGUCUUGAAUGUUGAUGCAAUGUUUUAUUUUUGGAUUAAUUAAAAUUGAUUAAAAUUGAUUUGUUUUUGUCAAAUUUGAGGGGUUCGGCGAGUGAGCAGUGGGUUUUUGUUAGGGUUUGGCGCCUCUGAAAAGGUUAAGAACCACUGUGCUAGAAGGACUGGAGUGUCUGUUCUGUUAAUUUACUAGCGGAAAUGACAAUAUGAUGUUAGAAUAUUGUUACAUAACCAGUGAUUUAGCCUUGCGGGGCAGAAUAUUUCUAUUUGUGUGCCUUGUAGAUAUGUUAAGUGUACAGACCUGAUUGAGGUUACGAUCAUAAACCGGUAACUGAUAAACUGCUGCUUGCUCAUUUGUAGUAACCUCAGGGGUUGAGAUAACAGCAAAAGUAUAUAUACGAUAUAUAGGUUGUCUUAGAGAUUUUAUUGUGAUAAAUAUAAUAUGCUUAAAACCUUGUGAUGUAAUUCAUAAUGAUAUUAAAAAUUGAUUAUUGAUUGUCUAA